GUACUUUCACUUUUACUUAGCAUGGGGAGGAAGUAGAUAGGACUGUCAAUAAAGCGAGUGUCAGAACAAGUCAACGAUGGACAAUCAACAAGAAACGCGAGAUGAGAAGCCGCUGACAUUUGCAGACCUAGGAAUAACUGCAGCACCAAAGUUAGAGGAAGGAGCAUUGGGCAAGAAAAGACCUCUGAAGGACCUGGAGAAAAAAGAAGUAGCCUUUGCUGUGAUAUCAUUGAUCAGUUCACUGGUCGCCAUAGGUCUUGCAAUUCAGAGACUGGUAACCACCAGCAACGGCAAUCCUGACUUCACGUUCGCUCUCAUCAUAAUCAUAAAUGCUUUAUUUUGUGUGUAUUACGUUUUUCACGGACUUCUUGCGGAGCGACCGUAUGAGGUCAUCGUCAUGGUAUUGGCCACUGUUGUUAUUCUGAUUUACAUUGUCGUCAACUAUAUCCUGAGUACCAAAAACGAUGUCAAACUUGCCCGUUUGGUACUUGCCUGUAUAUUAAGUCCUGUCAUCAUUGUUAUUGGACUCAUGAUCGCCAAAGAGUACCACGAAUCCGGCAGACUGAUAUUCAGGACUGUUGGCGCUGAUUCUACAAUGCAGGGAUUCUGUAAAACCCUCUUCUUGUUUCUGGGUCUUCAGAAGUUUGAUCUACAGUUAAAUGUGACAAUGGUGUUGUUAAUUCUUCAGUCCGGAACAAACGCGGACACGGAGGACAUCGUGGUUUUAGCGGUGGGUGUUCCGGUGACGAUCGCCUGUUUCGCACUUGGAUAUCUCAGCGUUCGGUGGGAAAACAAAAUAUUGGGCAUUGUGUAUGCAAUAUCACUGCUGUUGGCACCAGCGUAUAUAAUAUUCAAAGUUUACGAGUCUGCAGAUCAUUUGGCGAACUCAUAUACUCAUGGGCAAAACUCAACCACCACCACAUUGGGCACACCACAGCAAACCACCGCUCUCUCGGGUACCACGUUCACAUGUGCAGGACUUGCUCUUUUCAUCCGGGUAUUGAUGGCCAUGUAUUUUCUAAAGACAGUCCUUAACUUUGGUCACGGACUGAAAUACAAAGUAUACGGUGAGACGGAACCACCAAGUAAAGGCAUUGAGGAGGCACCACCAGAGGGACAAUAGCACCACCACAAUGGCUCAAAUCAACUGGAGAAAAUCAUCGGACCAGAAAUGAACAUAUCAACGACAAAUUAUACCGGUUUCAUAUUGUCAGUACAACGGAUAUUUAUUGAUUUUUUAUUGAUUUUUUUUUGGUAUAAGAUUCAAUAUAUACCGGUGUACAUAGCUGGUAGUAUAUGAUUUGAGUCAUAUAUUUUCGCAAAAUUUCUCCAAAGAUUUGAGGCAUGUUGAUGACUGUUUAGUAGCGCAUAAAAGUAAAGUGAUAUUGGAAUGUGUGCUAAGAAAAAUGCUUCAAAGUUAAAAACUGUAUAUAAUGUGUCUUAUUCAGGAGAAGCCUCUGUUGAGGAUAGGUUUUUUAUGUAUUCAACUCACAACAAAGUUGAACUCAUCAAAUCACAGUUUAUCCAUCUACAUACUGUUUCUGUGCCUUUUUCCACAAAUGAUCCGGGGAUAAUUUUGAUUCAACACCCCCCCCCUCUCUCUCUCUCUCUCUCAAGAUGUUAUGAAAUAGGGUCUUUCAUAGAACAAUUGAGGCAAAAUUAUAAAAGAAAGAAUUAGGGUGUGUGAUACUCAGUACCAUAUUUCUUGGCAACAACAGGGCUGCACCCAAAGUUUCACUUAGGAAUAUAAAGGGUUAGUCUUGGAGUGUUUUCUCAUUAGAUUAUCUCUCCCCAGAUCACCUAAUAUACAUGUACAGGAAGUCUUAUGCCCUGGAUAGGAAAGGGUAGCAUGCAAGGAACAAUGUAAAAGCGGUUCAACAUUUUACAAAAUUUUCUGAAAGAAUUUGAACAAAGUGUUCAAUCAUGGUUCAGUGGUCAAAACUGGAUCAUAAUAAAGCGUCAGAAGUUUUUUUUUUAUUAUUUAAACCAUGUUCCUUCAUGAAAACGUGAGUAAGAGUAAGAAGUUUAAGAGAUUAAUUUCUGAGAAACAACAGGUAAAUUUAGAUGAUAGUAUCUACUUACGGGAUUUGUUUUUCAAGUCGUUAGAGGGUUUUAAGAGACCGAUUAACGAUUUUCCCCAGAAUUUUGUUUUUCACUCUUAAUGAUUAAAAUCUACUGUCUAAUGUGUUUAAAAGAUUUCACAUAAAAAAUAAGGUUUAAUAUACAUUAUCACAGAAGCUCAUUUUAGAGAGUUUAUUAUUUGUUUUGUAAAAGAAAAUUGUGGUGUGUUAUUAAUUGAGAAAUUUUCAUAAGAAAUUGAUAUCUAUCUAAGUUUAUUAUAUCUUUCACAUUUCAAGCAUUCUUUAGUUAAAAUAUGUCAUCUAAAAGUUAAAAUUUGUGACUAUGCAAAAUUAAGAUGCUUUAUAAUUACGAAAUUAAUAUUCCAUUGGUUUGUUUGUAUACAUAAAAAGACUCGAGUCUUUGUUUACAUAACACAGAUUUAAAGCUAAAAUAUUGCUUUUAUUCUUGCAUCGAGAAAGUCAAAAUUUGGCUGUCAACAUAUAUGAGUUAUAUUUUUAAUGUUUACCAUAAAAAAUGCAAUUUUUUUUUUCAAAAAUCGUGAAACAUUCCUUAUUAGCAACAAUGACCAUAUUUCUCCCUUUUUUACUUUAAAAUCAUUCGAUCCUUUAUUGUGGUCCUGUGUUGAUGCAGCGAACAAUGAUUAGAACAAAGUUGCAUAAAUCCACACAAUUUCAUAUAUAUAAACUUGAAACACUUUGGACUUGUUCUUGCGAAAAUUUUACCUUAUUUACCAUUGUAUGUUUCUAAAUAGAACGCUGUUUAUUGUUGUUGAACAUAGUCCUCUUGUUUCUCCAGUGAGCGUAGAAGUGCCGCUCUCAAACCCGUUUACCUGCGUACAGCCGUACAUGUAGAAACAUUUUGUGACAUGGAAGCGGCAAUGCUUUCUUUUAUAUAUUUAUAAAUUUACGUUAUGACAUGUUUCAUCCGCGAAUAUGUUAUGAAUCUAAGAAGUUAGUGUAGGGAAAUAUCAUUUUAAUGCAUUAUUAGAAUAGCGAGUGCUACAAAUGUCUGGAUUCUUCAUUGUCUUUUGUAUGGCUGAUAGUUUCAGCUUCCAAUGUUUUGAAUCGCCCUUAUUGUAUGUAUAAUUGUAUAUUUUUAGUCUUGUCUUGCGGUAUUUAAUGAAACUAUUCGAUAUUAGGAUAAACCUGUAAUUUGUUUUAUAAAAAUUCUGCGCUUGUUUAUAGUUUGAUUGCCUUCAAACGAUGAGGUCCGUUUGUCUCGUACAGGGACUUGUAUACUGACGAUAAUACAUGUGUAUAGCUAGUAUGACGAGUUUAGCGGCUUUUAAUUACUAUUUUAUGUAGAAUUAUGGAGAUGUAAUGGCCGAGCUGCAUUAUAAACAUGGUAUUCAUUUUAUACUCAUUUUACCCUAGCCUGUGAAAAUGUAUAGAAUUUUUUAUGAAAAAUAUUGUAAUGAAGAAUGUCAUUUGAUAUUUUUAGGUAAAAAUAUUAUGUUCGACAGUUGAAACGACUACGUGUAUGUACAGUGCAUAUGUAAAAGAAAAUAUGUGUGUAUUUUCUCUGUGAAAAAAAGAUUUGAACAAGACAGCAAGCUAAAAUAGAAGUUUAGAAAGCAUGAACUACCCCAAACAAGGUUUAUAUACAUGUAUAAGUAGGUUUUAAAAAUAGCAUUAUUCUUUGAAUAAAUGUAAGAGUUAAUGGCAUAUUAACCAUCUGUUGAAUUUAAUUAACCUUUGGGGUCUUAAGUGUUAAGAGGAUAUUGGUUGUAUUAAAAAAUGUUAAACUGUUAGCUUGUAAAUUGCAUGCUUGUUCCCAAAAUUAACAUUGUAUAAUACUCACUGUACCUUUUUCAUACUUGGAGUAUAGUCCUCAAUAGUUUCAGAAAGUGCAACAUUGAAAUGUGACAGUAGAAUUAGCUGUAUAGAUUUUCUUCUUGCUUACCUCCACACAGUGAUUCUUCUUUUACUAUCUUGUGUUAUCAAAAUUACAUAAAACAUAAACAUCGUAUUUUGUAGAUAACAUAAAAGCGGUUGUCUGAUAGUGGUGUAUGUACAAGUCAAUAGUUCACCAGCAUCGCCUUGUUUAUCAUGUAACAACUAUUGAAGUUGGAAGACCAACUUUUUAAAUAAUAUGUAAAUUAGUUACUGAGAACAGGGCCAAGAUAUUUUUUUAUUAAAGCAAUCUUUGAAUGCCUUAUUGCAAUUGGUUUUCGUCCGUCGUGCGUUAACAAUUGAACAUUUUUAACUUCUUCUUAAUAACUACCAGUCCAAUUCUUUUCAAAUUUGGUAUGAAGCAUCAUUGGGACAAGGGGGACAUAAAUUGUAAAUUUCAGGACUCCAGCAUUCCUGGGGCCCUAGAGGCGGGGCAAAAACUGCCCAAAAUUGACGAAUUUUCAAAAAUCUUCUUCUCAAGAACCACACACAUGUAAGAAAAACUAAAUGCAUAGUGAUGUAGAACGGGAAGGCCUUUACCAAAAUUGUAAAUUUCAUGAUCCCCGGAGUAGGAGUUCUGACCCCAGGGUGGGGCCAAACUUGUUAUAUAGUGUUUAUGUGUAAAACACUUAAAUAACAUCUUCUUUAGUGAUAUUGAUACGAAAUUGAAAGUAAAUAGAUAUUUAGAAAGAACAGGUAGUCCUUUACUAAAAUUGUGAAUUUGAUGAUAACAGGGGUAGGGGUUUUGGUAUCAGGGUGGGGCCAAAAUGGUCAGUUAUUAAAUGUGUUAACAAUAGACAUUUUUAACUUCUUCUUGAUAACUAUCAUUCCAAUUCUUUUCAAAUUUUGUAUGAAACAUAUUUGGAACAAAGGGAACAUAAAUUGUAAAUUUCAGGAUUCCUGCACCCCUGGGACCUUAGUGCCCCAAAAUGACAAAUUUUCAAACUUGUUCUUCUCAAGAACCACAUAUAUGUAAGAAAAACUAAAUGCAUAGUGAUGUAGAGCAGAACUAAAUGGAUAGAGCUGGGACCAGUUGCACAAAAGUGAGAUAAGUUUAACUGACAGUUAACUUCAAGUUAACGCUAAAUAAAUGUUCAAGUUAAUGGCAAGUUAAUUGUCUGUUAAAGUUAACUAAGCUUCGUGCCACAGAGUGCAUAGUGAUGUAGAGCAGGAAGGCCUCUACCAAAAUUGUAAAUUUCAUGAUCCCCGGGGUAGGGUUUCUGAACCCAGGGCGGGGCCAAACUUGUUAUAACUUGUAAAACACUUAAAUAACAUUUUCUUUAAACUAAAUGGAUAGAGCAGAUAGUCUUUUACCAAAAUUGUAAAUUUGAUUUUCCUCAGAGUAAGGGUUUUGACCCUAGGGUGGGGCCAAACUUAGUAUAUAGUAUGUAUGUGUAAGUUUGCUGAUACUGUAUAAAGUCUAAAUGCAUACUUAGGAAUAGCAGAAAAGGAUGUACAAAAUAUGGUGAAUUUCAUAACCCAGGUUAUGACUUUAGGAUGAGUCCAAAUUAGUCAUAUAUUUUGAUGUUUUAAUGUUAAUACACCUAUUAUUUAAAGCCUUUCAUCAGUGUAUGCACAUUUGAGGGCAGUGAAGUUUUAAGAACACAUCUUGUUUUAUACUGUUGCUGAAUAUUAGAAUUUAGCUUAGAUAUUCAGAACAGGAAUUUUUUUUUUCUAGAUUUCAUAACCCAUGGAAGUAGUGAUACUUUUUCACUAAUAUUCAGGUGACCGAUAAGGCCUGUGGGCCUCUUGUUUAUAUAUACGAGGUGCUAUUUUAAUCUGCGUUGUUUUUGCAUUGAUGUUAUUGCUGUAUAGAAUGGAUCUUGUCGCCAUUAUGAUAAACUCAGUUCAGACCUAGACAAUUAUCAUGAUAACCGAGAAAUAUAACAUUUCUGCUUUGAAAACCAAAGUAGAAGAGAAUGAAAAGCUUUUAAGCCAUUUUGUCAAAGUUACUAUAUUUAGUGAUGGAGUUCAGAUGUUUUAAAUAAUUUCACAAACGUUCUGUAAAGUAAAUGUAAUAGACCCAUUUGUAUUUUAAAACAUUUUAAAACUUUCCAAGCAGAGCAUUUUGAAUUGAAUGCAAGGUGAAGAUAACGAACAGUGAUCAAUUUCAUAAGUCCUAUAAGCAAUACAAAAUACAUAGUUGGGCAAAUACGGACCCCUGGACACAUAAAUUUCCUUUCUUUUAUUUAUCUGUUUAACAGAGUUGAUUCGUUAUUAUAUAGUAUACUUGAGAUACCUUAAUCCAUUACAGGGUUAAUCCAGAUGUCAUUUGUGGAAAUUUUAUCUGUUGAAUUGAAGACAUAACCAAUUUAAGUUUUCAAAUUGGAAAUAAAGUACAUGAUAUUUAAA